CCUCCAUUGCCAUCCCUAUUUUGCCUGCGUGGAAAAUAGCUUUCUCGCUUACUUUUUUAUAAAUUUAUUCGAAUUUCUAAUAGACUUAGAACAAAAAUUCGGCAAAAAUGGCAGCAGCAGCACCCAUGAGACAAAACUGGAACCCGAGCAUAAAGCACAACGAGAUGGAGCGGUGGAUCUGCAUUUAUCCCGCCUACAUUAACAGCAAACGGACUCGCCAGGAGGGCCGCCGGCUGCCCAAGGAGAACUGCGUGGACAACCCCACCUACAUAGAGAUCCGCGACGUGCUGUCCGUGUCCAACCUGCAGUUCCUCAUGGAGAACAUGAAGUACUGCCGCGAGAAGAGCAGCGAGCUGCAGGUCCGUGGCCGUGUGCGCGUCCAGCUGCGAAAUGCCGAUGGCACGCUCUUCAACAACGAUUUCCCCUCCCGGGAGUCCAUAAUGCUGCACAUCGCCAGCAAGAUACCGCUGCUGAAGACGCGCCAGAACAAACCCGGCGAGUCGUACCACCAACAGUCGCAGCCACAGUCCAGUGCCUCCGGAUCCGGCGGUGGUGGCGGCGGCGGCAAGAAGGGAAAGGGCAAGCGCCGCUAAUGACUUCGCUGGUUUCUCGUUAUUUUGUUUCUUUUGUAAUAAACGCUGUAAACAAA